CAAACCGAGUUCGGGCCAUUUCAGCUUGUUGUAAGAAGUACGAACACAACAACUUCGACUUGCUGCCCCGACCGUGGGGGAUACAACUUCGAAGAAGAAGAAGACUCUCGUUUUGGGGAAUAACAUGAAAUGAUUGAUUAUACUAAAACCCUCUUUUUCUUUAUCAUGUUUUAUCCAUUGAUUCGAUCACCUCUCUGACUCAAAAAAUCACCGCUCUCGCCUGCAAAGUUUUCUCCUUUAUCAAGCCGAGCGAACGAGGCAACCCAAUUCGUGAAUUUUCAUCUUUCUUCGUGUUUUUUCUCAGCUAUGCAUCUCUCGGUUCGACUUCAGAGUAAGUAAGCGUCACCAGCAGCCAUGGAUUUCGUCAGGGGUUUUUGGAGGAAGCAUAGAAGAAAGGUCUUGGUUACGGCUGGUUGUUUAGGAAGUGGGUAUUUGCUCUACAAACUAUACAAUUCCCAUACUCGUAGGCUUGCUGAUUUGGAACGAGAACUCGCUUACGAGCGUGAAAAUGACGAACUCAUCAAAAACCAAAUGAAGGCACAUUUCGAGAAUAUACAGUUGAUUGUGGAUUCGACCACACUGCCUCACACAUUGCAGUAUUUAAGUGUCCGCAUAAGCGAAGAGAUCGAUGUCUCUGAUGUUAUGGAGAGACUGAACAAAGGGAAAGGACUGUUGAGUCCACCUGAGAAGCUUCAGCUCUGGGACGAGCUUAAGAUUUUGAGUUUCACGAGGAUGGUUUUGUCUCUGUGGUCUGUGACAAUGCUUAGCUUAUAUAUUAGGGUUCAAGUCAACAUUUUAGGCAGACAUUUGUACGUUGACACCGCGCGAGCUCUUGGCCGCUCUCAUGUACUUGAAGAGUUAGAUCUCAUUGAUAGAAAUGAUGAACAGAAGUUUUUGUCUAGUGCUGAUUUUCUUGUCACCAAUGCAAUGCCAAGUUUGAUUUCAGAUAUGCAGGAUGCAGCGAGGGAAGUUCUUAAAGGAAAGCAGUUAAAAGAUGUAAUUACCACAAGAGUUCUUCAAGAAACUGUGAUGCGGAUUAUGGAUGUGUUUAUGAGCACUGGGAGUCCACAUCACUGGGUUGAUUAUUUAAUGAUGCCUCAAGACAAACAGCUUUCAAGAAACACAAGUGGUGACUCUUCUGAUGAAUCUAUGUCCAAGUUUCAUCAACUUAUGGUUGAGACCAGAGAAGUACUCAUCAGCACUGAAUUCACAAAUAUAGUGGAAAUUUCGCUCAAGUGUUUCACGGACGCGUUGAUAGAGGAAAUGGAAAUGCAGACUGUAGCAGGUGGUUUGGCUACAGGGAAACCAUUGGCAAAGGUCUUACCACACAUUGAGAAGACAAUGCAUGUGAUUACAGUUGAACCAAGCAAGAACCAGUUCUUACAACUCAUCAGAGAUCUGCCUGAAGUUAAACUCUUUUUUACCCUUUUAUACGCUAAUAUGCCGCAAUAGCAACUUUUCUUUGUUCCCUUAGCAUAUUCCCCAAAGUGUUUGCGAUUUGCUUUCUUUUUUGGGGGUCUUAUUAGCUUCCAAGAAAUGCAGGAAUUUUUGUGUUUUGUUGAGCUUGUAGCCUUGUAGAAUCCAAGUUAAUUUACUUCUUUUCUUUGUUAUGGUUAGAAGAAAACAUUUUUUUAGUUGGAAACUUUGAUUAUAAAAUAAGUAAAGGAACUUUCGUUUUUGAA